GCGAGAAAGCGUCGGAGAUUUUCAUCACCGGCGAAAUUAACUUCCACUGGAAAUGUUAUACAACUUCAAAUAGUCGCACGAACUUAAAAAAUUUCAAUUAUGGAUGAAAAUAGGGGAUUAUAUUCGUCGGCACCGUCUGCACGCCCUUCAAUUACCCUCCCGGCACGUUCGACGGUCGAGAGUUUAUUCACCGGCGGAGGUAGCGUGAUGGAUGCCAGCCCCGGACCGAUGACUUUAGUUUCAAACUUCUUCUCGGAGAACGAUCCGGAUUCGGAUUGUCGUUCAUUCUCUCAGCUUUUGUCCGGAGCUAUGUUGUCUCCGGCAGAGAUUCCUGACCCUAGACCGUCGAUUGGUCUGGAUAUGGGGCAUUCUUAUUCUAACAAACAGUCGGAUAACGGCGGAGGCAGCGGUGGUGGAAACGUUGACUUUCAUUUUAGCAACAAUGGACGGCCUUCGAGUUUGGUGGUUACUCAGCAGUCAAUGUUUACUAUACCUCCGGGUCUGACUCCGGGUAGCUUGCUCGAUUCACCCGGAUUUUUUCCUCCAACUCAGAGCUCUCUUGGAAUGUCCCACCAGCAAGCAUUAGCUCAGGUUACAGCACAAGCUGUCUACCCAUCUUUAUCAGCACCAUCUUCAUCAUUACCACAAAUUCCUUCUUUUACUUCCAAUGCAACCACAUACCAACGCCUUCCACGUGCUAUGCCAGACCAUAAUACUGCAAAAGAAUCGUCUGAUUUAUCCAAUUCCGAUAACCGUAGUCAACCUUCCUCCAUAGUGGUUGAUAAGCCUGCUGACGAUGGCUACAACUGGAGGAAAUAUGGGCAGAAGCAGGUGAAGGGGAGUGAAUACCCUCGAAGUUACUACAAAUGCACUCAUCCAAAUUGUCCUGUCAAGAAGCAGGUUGAGCGUUCUGUAGAGGGCCUAGUGACCGAGAUUAUCUAUAAAGGCCAGCACAACCACCAACCACCUCAAUCCAAGCGUGGAAAAGAUACUGGUAACGGUACUUCAAGCCAAUAUGAUCACGGAUUUGAGGGUCAGAAUGGUACUUCUAGCCAUUCAAGGGAAGGGAGGUUGGUGCAUUCAUUGGCCAUAAAGGAACAAGAAUCUAGCCAAGCUACAUACGAACAUUCGGGAUCAAGUGACAGCGAGGAAGUGGGUAAUGAUGUGACUAGAGUGGAUGAAAGACAUGAAGAUGAACCUCAAGCAAAAAGGAGGAAUGCAGAGGUCGGGGCUUUAGACCCAGUUUCAUCCCACCGUGCAGUUACAGAACCUCGGAUCAUAGUUCAAACAACCAGCGAAGUUGAUCUUCUCGAUGAUGGCUAUAGAUGGCGUAAGUAUGGACAAAAAGUUGUUAAAGGAAAUCCUCAUCCAAGGAGUUAUUACAAGUGCACCAGCCAAGGGUGCAAUGUUCGCAAACAUGUUGAGAGAGCUGCAAGCGACCCAAAAGCCGUGAUAACCACAUACGAGGGGAAACACAACCAUGAUGUUCCAGCGGCUAGAAACAGCAGCCAUAAUAUGGCUACCACCACCACCUCUCAAAUUCAGCCAGCUAAUUAUGCACCCACGGGCACACAUUCCCUAAUCCGAAGACCGGAAUACCCAAACCGUCAACAACCACCACCACCUAGCGGACUUCUGCAAUUUAAAGAAGAACGGAUAACAUAGUUCUUACAAGUCCAUACCAAAUCUAUGUCAUCUUUUGGUGAAGAUUCCUCGUAAUUUGUGCUAUAGUUUCUAUCUGGUUUGAUCGUCAUACAACAGGAAGAAAAAGUAGAAGUUAGUUCAAAGUUCAUAUCAUAUACACUACCCGAAAGAACUACCAUCAAUUGUUGUAAAUUAUACAAAAGUUAGUGUGUUUAAUGGUUGGCUAGUGUUCUUUUGAAUCUUCAGUUCUAUUUUCCUUUUUUUGU